AUGUCCUCAGCCCCAAACAUUACUGUGGAUCCUGAUGGAGAUUUGAUUUUUCUUCUGAGUCCAACCAAGCUAGAUUCAUCAAAGUCCACCAGCCGUCCGUUACCAGGUGCUGGUGCCAACGCUGCUAAAACUAAUGGUGUUUCUGACUCCACCGAUCCAGAAACGAAAAGAUCACUUGGACCUGAAAUAUCGGACAAGUCGACCCUAGUCUACAAUGAUCGUAUACUGGUAUCUUCAAAGCAUAUGUCUCUUGCAUCUCCGGUGUUUAAAGCAAUGCUCGAGGGUCGCUUCCGAGAGGGUAUUGAAUUAAAGACAACGGGAAAACUCGCAGUUCCUCUUCCAGAUGAUGAUCCCGCUGCCAUGAGAAUAUUGAUCAAUAUUAUUCAUGGUCGUAUGAAUUCAGUUCCGUUGAAGAUCGAGCUGGAGUUAUUCACGCAGAUAGCAAUUUUGGCUGAUAAAUACCAAUGUAAAGAAGUCGUACGGCCAUUCCCUUCCCUUUGGAAAAACGGAUUGACAACUGAAUGGACGACCUCGUCUACCAGUAUUGCCUGUUGGUUAUGCAUAGCAUGGCAUUUCGAGUUGGAUAGUGAGUUCCUUGAAGCUACGCAGUUAAUACAAGCGGAAGGUACUUGUAGUCUUGAGGAGACAAUUCUACCUAUUCCGAAACUUGUAGUUGAUAAACUGGAGUCAUAUCGGAUAGAAGGAAUCGGAAAAGCCGUCCAAGUUCUUAAUGGCACCAUAUUUAAAUAUCAACAGCCCGACCUUGUUUGUACAAGUCAGAAGAUUCCCGGGCUUGGUGGAUUUUAUGGAAUGCCGAUGGAGUACAUUGAUGUCGAUCGUUACAGAAAGGAUUGCGACUCGAUGGUGCUUGGGUCUCUUAUGAAGAGUGCGAUUGCAAAUAAUUUGUAUCCUCUCGAAAAGCCACAAUACACUUCAUUGUCGCUACGAUCUUUUAUGGCAAGAAUACAACUCCUUGAAGCCAAUACAUUAUGUGGGAAGUUGGAGAACAAAUAUGUGCCCCCACAUACCGUUGAGGUCAUUGACCGGCUCAAAACAUCCAUAAUUUCUAUGGACAAAUCACCCCUAACUUUGGAAAUCUGUAAGGAGCUCGUUAAAAAGACCUGA